AUGCCUACACGGAAACCUAGCAAGUAUGGCAGCAAGUUUCGAUCCGGCGCUGCGAGUUUCAAUCCGAAGCGGACCAAGACCGUUGAGUUCUCGUCCCUGCGAUCGACCGAGGCCACCUCCCAAGAUGAGAAAUUCGAAGCGAUCCGGUUGGCGAACAGCAUCGAUGAAGCCUUGGGCUUCCCGCGCUUCGAAGCCGGCGAGAAGAGAGCCGGCUGGCUCAUCAACAUGCAUAGCACCUCGAUAGAAGAUCCGAACGUCCCCGGAGGACGUGCUGGCGUGGAUUACUAUUUCCUGGAAGAUGGGGGCACCAGCUUCAAGGCGACUGUGGAGUAUGAUCCGUACUUCUUGAUCGCCACGAAGAAAGGCCGCGAAGCGGAGGUUGAAGAGUGGUGCCGAAGGAUGUUCGAGGGUCUGAUCAAGAAGGUCACUCGAGUCGAGAGGGAGGACCUCCAGUUGCCGAACCAUUUACUUGGCCAUCGACGAUCGUUCCUUCAGCUCAACUUUGCCAACGUGAGCCACUUGUUGGACGUCCGAAAGACCCUCCUUCCACUGGCGGAGAAGAACAAAAAGAAUGUGAAUAUAAUGGAUACUUAUGCGGAGAUCUCGAGCGCCAAUGCCGGCUUUGAUCUUUUUGAUGAUGAACUUAUUAACGAGUCACGAUCUAAUGGCAAUAUGCAAGCAAGUGAUUUUAUUAUUGAUAUUCGAGAAUAUGAUGUUCCUUACCACGUCCGAGUCGCAAUCGACAAAGACAUUCGAAUCGGAAAAUGGUAUACCGUUGAAGCAAAACAUGGAGUUAUUUCUUUGACCUGCUUAGAAGAACGGCUUCAACGAGCCGACCCGGUUAUUCUUGCCUUCGAUAUCGAAACGACGAAGCUACCACUGAAGUUUCCAGACUCCGUCAUUGAUCAAAUCAUGAUGAUCUCGUACAUGAUUGAUGGACAGGGAUUUCUAAUCACCAAUCGGGAGAUAGUGUCGGAAGACAUUAACGACUUUGAAUAUACACCGAAGCCCGAAUACAAUGGGCCUUUCAUGAUCUUCAAUGAACCCAACGAAAGAGGCCUCCUCGAGCGAUUCUUUGAACACAUAAAAGAAGCGAAGCCCACAGUCAUUGCCACAUACAACGGUGACUUUUUCGAUUGGCCAUUCGUUGAAGCGAGAGCCAGUGUCCUUGGAAUCGAUAUGUACAAGGAGAUCGGCUUUCGCAGAAACAGUGAGGACAUCUACCAAAGUGACAACUGUGUACACAUGGACUGCUUUGCAUGGGUCAAUCGUGACAGUUACCUUCCUCAAGGAAGUCGUGGCUUGAAAGCCGUCACUGUUGCGAAGCUGGGAUACGACCCUGAUGAAUUAGAUCCGGAGCUGAUGACGCCCUAUGCAAGCGAGCGUCCUCAGACGCUGGCCGAAUACUCGGUUUCAGACGCCGUGGCUACGUAUUACUUAUAUAUGAAAUACGUCCAUCCUUUCAUCUUUUCGCUUUGUACGAUCAUUCCACUCAAUCCCGACGAUACGCUGCGAAAAGGAACCGGUACACUCUGCGAAAUGUUGUUGAUGGUACAGGCAUAUCAGGGCGAAAUUGUCCUGCCAAAUAAGCAUAAAGAUCCGCCGGAGUCGUUUUACGAGGGCCAUCUUCUGGAAUCGGAAACCUACGUCGGCGGCCACGUCGAGAGUAUUGAAGCUGGUGUAUUUCGAAGUGAUAUCCCUGUCACAUUCAACGUCGAAACUGCUGCCAUAGAUGAGCUGCUCAGGGAUCUUGAUGCUGCCUUGAGGUUCAGUAUUGAAGUCGAAGAGAAGAAAUCGAUGGAUGAUGUUGUGAAUUAUGAGGAGGUCAAGGCACAGAUCGCAGAGCAGUUGACUGGCCUUAAGGAGAAACCGCACAGAGAUGAGGUUCCCUCCAUUUAUCAUUUGGACGUUGCUUCCAUGUAUCCAAAUAUCAUGAUCACCAAUCGAUUGCAACCGGAUUCCAUGAUUCAAGAAUCUGAUUGCGCCGCUUGUGAUUUCAACAGACCCGGGAAGACGUGUGACAGGAGACUGCCUUGGGCCUGGCGAGGUGAGUUCCUGCCGGCCAAGCGCGACGAGUACAACAUGAUCAGACAAGCUGUUGCAAACGAGCGGUUCCCUGGAAAAUAUAAGAACAGCCCAAUGAGGUCCUUCGGUGAUAUGAGCACAGAAGAUCAGGCCGCAAUCAUCAAGAAGCGUCUCCAGGAAUACAGCAAAAAGAUCUACCAUAAGAUCCACGACAGCAAGACCAUUGUGCGGGAGGCAAUUAUCUGUCAACGAGAGAAUCCUUUCUAUGUUGAUACUGUCCGCAGCUUCCGUGAUCGACGUUAUGAUUUCAAGGGAAAGCAGAAAGUUUGGAAAGGGAAGACCGAUGCUCUCAAAGCUGCGGGCGCUUCCGCUGCGGAGGUUGAGGAAGCGAAGAAGAUGAUCGUGCUAUUCGACUCGUUACAACUUGCUCACAAAGUCAUCCUGAACAGCUUCUACGGCUACGUCAUGAGAAAAGGCUCUCGGUGGUAUUCGAUGGAAAUGGCCGGCGUGACUUGUUUGACAGGUGCUCAUAUCAUUCAGAUGGCUCGAGAGCUCGUCGAACGUAUUGGUCGUCCCCUGGAACUCGAUACUGACGGUAUCUGGUGUAUGCUUCCAGGCAGUUUUCCCGAAGAUUUUUCUUUUACUUUGAAGAACGGCAAGAAGCUGGGAAUCUCGUAUCCCUGUGUCAUGCUGAAUCACCUCGUGCAUGGAAAGUAUACCAACCAUCAGUACCAGACGCUUGUCGAUCCGAAGUCAUUCAGAUAUGAGACACACAGCGACAAUUCAAUUUUCUUCGAGGUUGACGGUCCCUACAGAGCGAUGAUUCUGCCCACUUCUAAAGAGGAAGAUAAGAAUUUGAAAAAACGAUACGCUGUCUUCAACCAUGACGGUUCCCUGGCUGAAUUGAAGGGGUUCGAAGUCAAGCGAAGAGGAGAACUGAAGUUGAUCAAGAUCUUCCAAACCCAAAUUUUCCGCUUCUUCUUAGAAGGAGCCACACUGGAGGAAACGUAUGCUGCUGUUGCUCGUGUAGCUGACAGAUGGCUAGACGUCCUCUACGAGCAAGGUGCAACCUUGGCCGAUGAGGAAUUGAUUGAACUUAUUUCUGAGAACAGGAGCAUGACAAAGACUCUUGAGGAAUAUGGCAACCAGAAGUCGACAUCUAUCACGACCGCGCGCCGUCUGGCGGAAUUCCUUGGCGAGCAGAUGGUAAAGGAUAAGGGUCUCAACUGCAAGUAUAUUAUAUCCGCAAGACCAAGGAAUACACCCGUCACCGAGCGGGCCAUUCCAGUGACAAUCUUUUCGGCGGAGGAACCUGUCAAACGGCACUUCCUAAGAAAAUGGCUGAAAGACGAUCCUGGUGAUAUGGACCCAAGAAGCGUGAUCGACUGGGACUACUAUCUCGAGCGGCUGGGCUCCGUGGUGCAGAAGCUUAUCACGAUUCCAGCUGCUCUCCAGAAAGUCCGGAAUCCAGUCCCUCGAGUAGCCCAUCCCGACUGGCUCCAACGGCGCAUUAAUAUGAAGGAUGACAAGUUCAAGCAAAAGAAGAUGACGGACAUGUUCGGCAAGGCAGAGAAGAACCCGCUUGCUGACAUCUCAACCAACAUCAUGGACCACCGCAUUCAAAAUAAUGGUGAUAUGGAAGAGGUAGUUGCAAGCUCGGCGCAAAAAUUGAAGCCAUCACCAAAAGGUAAGAUGUCUCAGAAGAGAAAACAUCCUGAGGGGCCCACGAAAACAUCACUCGAUCCAUUUGCCAGCCUUCCGGCCAAGAUGCCACCAUUGAACGACGAUUAUGUUGGAUUCUUGAAAUAUCAGAAGCAGAAAUGGAAGAUCCAGAAACAAGCUCGGGUUCGCCGACGUCAACUCUUCGGCGAACGGGCGAAUGUGGCCACCGAUUCUCUAAGCAAUUUGUUUAGGAAUCAAGCAGAGUUGUUGUACAUCAACACCUGGCAGGUCCUUCAGCUAUGCGAGACAGGCAGACCUGGCAUUGUUAGAGCAUUCGUUUUGAUUGAUAAUAAGAUCCAUCCUCUUACUGUCAAAGUCCCUAGACAGCUUUAUGUCAACCUGAAAGGCGACUCUCUGCCGGAUGUGGAUGUACCAGACUGCGAGGUAGAGAAGGUCAACCACACUCUGCCCAAUGGACAUCCCUCGGUUCAUCUAUUCAAAAUGACUUUGUCUGAGGACACAUAUAUCCAAGAAAGUGAUAAGAUGGACAUUCUUUUGCAGCAUCCCAGCAUUGAAGGUGUAUAUGAGAAGAACAUCCCCCUGAGUGUUCGGGCGGUUCUCAAAUUGGGUAGUAUCUGCACCUUUGAUGAGGAACAGCGAGGAGUCCUUGGAGAAGGACUGGACAGAGGAUUUGAUCUUUCGACUUUGUGCCGUACCACUUCUGAGGAGCUCUACCUUACGAAUUCUCCUCUGGUCUAUCAUUAUCUCUACCAUGUCGUCUCUGGAGAUCGGCAGAUAUUCGCCAUAUUCUCGACCACAAAGAACGAAGCGCACAUAGUCAUUCUAAAUCGUACAAGGGACGUGCAAGGUCUUCCAAACGUCGACAAAAUCUAUACUGAGCUUCUUGCGCGGAAACUACAAUCCGCAGAAGGCGAUCAGUCUCAGAACGCGUUUGAGUACCAAGAGAAAAUUCACUUCAAGACCACACAAGUGAUGACUAGGAGGAAAGCCCAUCUGGAAGUCGGCGAUCUGAUAAAGAAACUGAAAGGUGAAGAAACCCAACCUGCCAUAAUGAUCAUACAAUCCCACCAAAGACACCGCUUGUGCCACGACAUUCCCAUUCUGAGGGAAUAUCCAGUCCUCCCAGUGAAACCCGAAAUUUCAGAUAUGGAUCUUCCACCUCUCGGAUGGCAACCCUUCAUCGCGAGACGGUUGGUGACGCACUAUCUGUAUCUUUCUUCGUGGAUUCAACACUUGACCUUGCUGGCUAGGUAUGGUGAUGUACCUCUCUGCAAUCUCGAGAACGAUGACCCUCGGUAUCUCAUCGAUAUCUAUUAUGCAAGACGACUUCAACAGAACAAUGUUGUUCUCUGGUGGUCUUCUGGGCCUAGACCAGAUCACGCCGGUUAUGAGAAAGACGAUACUGUUGGUCCUUUGGAGAAAGUUUCCAUGCCAUCUGUCAACGUCCCCAACGCUUACAAUACAGUCUGUAUCGAGUUGGAAGUCCGUAAUCUCUCGAUUAACACUAUUCUGACGUCUUCGAUCAUCAGCGAGAUGGAAGGGGCGGACACACUUUUGGCAUCAGCCGAGCCGUCGGCAGAUGCCAAUGGUACAGGUGUUCUGUAUUCGGAGAAGGCAUUUGCUUCAGCCGGUGCAGUAGUGUUACGUGAAAUGGUGAAGCACUGGUGGACAGAAGCGUGUGAGGGAAAUAACAUGGCCGACAUCAUGGUUCAACAUCUGAUCCGAUGGGUUGAGAGCCCGGUUUCAUGCCUCUAUGAUCGGUCUCUGCAUAACUACGUGCGGAUGCUUUCUAGAAAAUCUUUCCAACGGCUCAUGGCUGAAUUUAGGCGGGUUGGGUCGAACAUUGUCUUCGCAAGCCCUACCCGGCUUCUACUCCAAACCACCAAGACGGAGGUCGGCAACGCUUAUGCAUACAGCCAAUAUGUCCUCAAGUCAAUCCGUGCCAAUCCUUCUUUCCACUUCAUUGACCUUGAGAUUAAGGAGUACUGGGAUUAUCUGGUCUGGUACGACGAAUACAACUACGGUGGCAAGGGAUGCCGGGAAGUCACGGGCGCCGAGGAAGAAGAGCUCGAGACCGUGAUGUAUUGGCAGCUUAGCCGGUUCCUACCUGCUCCGAUGCAAACUAUCUUCCACGACUGGGCUGUGGAGUAUAUAGAGCUUAUGCACGGUCUGAAGCGCCCUGAUUCCGGCGAUUCCUCCACUCCUCGUCUAACUCAAAUUCCUGGACGCCCCGAGGAGGACAGCGAUGAAGUCACGUCUAUCCUGGCAGAAAAAUUCUCGAAACCGCUCAAGAAGCAGAUCUCUGGUCUUAUUCGACGCCAACGGGAUGAACUCCUUCAUCCGGAAUUGGCGUCUGACUACGCCUUCCCAGUCCUCCCAGGGACCCUAGUGGACCCCAACAACGACAAGCGGAAUCCCGUUCUCGAACUUGUUAAAUUAUUGAUGCAAGUCUUGAGUUUAUCCAAGACGACGACCCUGGAGACUCGACUGCUGCGCCGAGAACUGUUAGCGAUGUUCGAAGUACGAGAGUUCAGUAAAGAAGGCAGAUUCGAAAACCCAGGGGCCAGUCUGAAACUGUCCGAGCUUUCCUGCAAUGCCUGCUGUUUGAUCCGAGACUUGGAUCUGUGCCGAGACGAGGAUGUUCUUCCUGACCCAGGCUCGGACACCAGCAAAGCAGCACCGAAGCCAUGGCGGUGCCCCUUCUGCCAAACAGAGUAUGAUCGAUUGGCGCAAGAGGAAGCUCUCAUUGGUCAAGUGCAAGGUCUGAUUGUCGGCUGGCAGACACAAGACCUCAAAUGCGCCAAGUGUGGAGGUCUCAAGAUCAGUGACUUCAUGGAGCAUUGCUCAUGCAGUGGCAUGUGGGUGGAAACUAUGGAUCGGAAGGAGGUCGAGCAGAGGCUGCGCCUCCUAGAAAGCGUGGCCAAGUUCCAUGGUUUGAAGCUCCUGGAAGGCGUCGUCCGGGGAGUGCUCGAACAGAUGUGA